AUGGUAACUGGGUUGCUGUCGAAUCUUCUUCGUUUACCAGUAGCGCCUACAAGAGCUGGAAUUUUAAAAGAGAUCACUCGUCUGAAUCUGCCGGAUGUUGCUGUGGAAAGUGCACGUACUCUAUAUCGAUUGUUGGAGUGUAAUUUUACACCUCUACGUCUUGCAAAUGAGAUCCAAGCGGAACUAACAAAAGUUACAGAACUGAACAAGGCUGAAUACAAUCAAUAUGUUGAAGCCCUGAAAGGGGUCACAGCUACAAAAAUUAUAAAGCAAAUUUCGGUCAUUUAUGAUACACUCUCAAUUGAGCGUAUCCAGAAAGUAAUUCCAUUUUAUAGUGGUGAUGAGCUAGAGCGUUUUUUGGUGGAUAUAGCAAAGCAUCGCUAUGUCAAGGCUCGCAUUGAUCAUCGUGGCGGAUCAAUUCACUUUGGGGCAGCUGAUGCUGCGCUUUCUGGAUUUUUCGAUUUGGAAGUAUCGGAUGGUUUUGGUGGUGAAGCAGAGCAGGUAGCUGUCGAGGAUAUUCGAAAUCAUCUUCAGUCAAUGUAUAAUAGCCUGCGAGACGUUGUUCAGGUUCUUGAUUAUGAAGAAAUUAAGAAGGCCGCUACUGAAGACUUGAAGCGUCAUGCGGCGAUAUAUUCAUAUCACAAAGAUGCGGAUUACGAACGGGUACUCUUGCGAAGGAAGAAAAUUGAAAGUUAUAAGGAAACUAGUGAACGACAGAAAUUAGAGAAAUGUCAACAAGCCCAGGCGGAAGCUAACAGGAAGGAAGAACAGAGAAGAGCUGAAGAAAUGCGCCGUUUAGAACAGGAAAAUAUCGAAAAAGAAAAACUGCGGAGGCUUGCGGAACAGGAGGAGAUUGAUCGUAAAGUACGGGCAGAAAAAAUGAAAAAAAUCCAAGCAACUCCGAUAUAUCAGGCUAUUGUAAAAGAUCACGGCGAAGAAGCCUUCCAAAACAUGGAUCCUGACUCAGUACUUCGUGAACAGCGUGAUCGUUUGGAUGAACAACGUCGUGAGCAGCAAGCUCGUUUGCAGCAACAAGAAAAGAAAUUUGAUCAUCUGAUCCGUGCUUAUCAUCUGCAGGAAAUGAUAGCACGCAAGGCUAUUUCGGAUAAUUUUGCGGUGAAAGCUCCUCAAAACCAUGACGCUUAUGAGAAGCGUCGUAUUGAAAAUGCAACCAAAGACCAUGAAAAUGCAAUUGCUGUCUAUGAACGCAUGCAAAAAGUACGUAAGGAUCCGGAUGCGGCUGCAUUCCUUAAAUCGGUUAAAGAGGCACGUGCUGAAGAUUUCAAUAAAAAAAUGGAGGAGUGGGAGAAGAAACUGCAAGAUGAGAAACGAAAACGUCUUGAAGAACGCCAUGAACUUCGGAAGAAAGAACGAAGGCGAGAAUGGCUCCAGGAACGUGAGAGAGAAAUGAUGAAAGCUAAGGAAGCAGCAGAGCAAGCAAGGAGAGAAGAACAGGAGAAAGAACGAAGAGCAGUCCGUGAAGCACAACGUCCCCCUAAACGGGAAACAGUUGAAAAUUCAGACAUGGAUUUGGAUUGGCGUAAAAGUGCACAGCCAGCACAACUUCGAACUAUUCCUUCAAAAUCGUUUGGAGAACGUUUCGUGGAAGGUGAACGCCAUCGCGAAAGUGGUGCAAUUGUUAAUAAUGCCAUAUCCGAAGCUGAUAGUGGAUCAUGGGUACGUGGAAAUGUCACUGGAUCGCAGAGACAACAAGAUGGACCAGCUCGUAAUUUUGAACGUCCUGCGGCGCCAUCACGCUUCUCUGAUCGAGAACAAUCACGCGGUGAAGCAGAUACAACGACAAAUUGGAGGAAGGGACAAGUAACACAACGUGAUAGAGAUCAUGUUGUUGGACAACAAUCAUUUAUGGAAAAACGUGGAGAACCACCCGGCUCUCAGCUACAUGAUGCGAAAGCUGUAGCCACUUCCUCUCCAACUGAUGCAGGACCAUGGAGACGAGGAAUGAUUGUAACACGUGAUCAAGCCGAUUCAUCACAACGGGCAUCUGCUAGCAGCUCCCACAAGUCAGCUGUGGCGCUCUUCAAAGUCCCGUCAGGCAGAUGGUGCUCCAGUAAAUGGUGCUCCAUCUGGAAGAAUAUUAGAAGGAAGUGGUAGUAAUGAAACAAGUACAGGUACAAGCAAAUGGAGUCGAUCCAUGCAACGUACUGGUGAUGGUCACGGUGCACAAUCAUUUCGUGGUACAUCUCAGCAUCAGCGCAGAGGAGCAGCUGACGACGAUCGUAAUUGGCGCCAAAAAUAGUAGUAAUUAUAAAUUGUAAUUUGGUAACUGAAUGUUUUUCUCGUUUAUUUUCAUCUUUCUAUGACAGCUGCUUUCCUACCAAAUCUCUAUUAGUGUUCUUGUCUUGUUAAAGAAGAAAAGAUUCUUCUUUAAACUAUUUGGUCAACUUUUCAUAUUAUUUUCCCAGUAAAUAUGUCUUUACUGUUCCCAUGGUACUCAGUCGUUGAAAACCAGUGAAAUACCAUAUCACUCACCUUGCAAAGGACACUUGUUUUCUAGAUAUUUUAGAAUAAACCAAAAGGGCUCAGAAAGUGGCAUACUUUUUUAUUGCUUUAAAAACAUUUACGAAUACGAAGUACAAAGUAAUGUUUUUACAGCGAUAAAAAUGUUUGGUG